AUGACCUUGGACCUUCUGCCUUUGAGGAAUUCCGUUUUGACCUCACCCAUAGCCCAUCCCCUAGUGAUCACUGCCUUCUUCGAACUGGAUGCUCAGCUUAUCGAGGCCGAGUCUGUUGAAGUCGUCCGAGAGAUGAGUGCAGUGGACGACACGCCGAAGAUGCACUUUGUCAUCACGAUUGAUCGUUCAAAGGGUGACCAAUCUAUCAGCACAACCUUCGAGGACUCAUAA